AUGAGCAACAACAAUAACACUACUGAAAUCAGCACUGGAGCCCCAGUGGAAAACCUAAAGAAAGUCAAACAAGGCCACUCUUUCCUGGGUUGUCUCUGUGACAUGAGGAGAGCUGUAAUCAUCCUUGACACUCUGGGCUUCAUUGGAAGUAUCAUUGGCCUUGUGGCUAUCAUUAUCUAUGACAAAUAUGGAACGGAAGAUGACAAGAAGCUUCUCCUUGACAGCUACAGCUUUGGGGCUCUUAUUGCCAUUUACAGUGCGGUCAUCAUCGCCCACUUGAGUGGAAUCAUUGGUGCCCUGACAUUCACCAUUUGCCCUAUUUUGAUCACCAUUAUUAUGGACAUUUCCUAUGCUGUUCUUGCUGGCUUGGACCACAACUGGAUUGGUCUUGGUGUCUACAUCUUCCUGCUGUAUCCACAUGUCUUCUUGUGCAAUGAGCUUGCCAGGGGUAUCAUGACCAGGGAAACGUACCGCAGCCAAGAACGCCAGUCUUGUUGUUGUGUGUAG